AACACUCGUCUCUGUCAUGUAAUACGGGGUCUCUCGCGCGCGCGCGUACACACGCCACACACACAUACGCAGCGUUUGCGUCUCUUUACGUGCGCAGUGAACGCGUUGACAUCGAGUCGCAAUAUUAGAGUUGGUAAACUGGUGAAGCUCGCGCGCGAAAAAUAUCGUGGUGCGUCGUCGAAGGUGCGGGACGUGGGUAGCGCGGCGAGGAUCGGCAAGGCUCAACAAGGAGGACGGCAGGAUCGUCACCGACGAUUAGAGGAGAGAAAGAGAUUGAGCUUCGACAGUGACCGUGAUACGACGUAUCAACAACGAACGACAAUGUCCGUGAUUAUGGAUUGUUUUCGUCAGUAGCGGGCGCUACGCGUAAGGCAUUCUGUUCUUCGGUGACAUACAUCUACCUCUCUGUCGUUCUUUCCCUCCGCGCGAGAAGCAGGUAGCCCGUGGCUGAGACUUGACAUCUCUUGUCAGUUCGGGAACAUCGUGAAAUCGUCCUCCCGCUGUGCUCUGUGUGCGUGUAUGUGUGCGCGUUCAUUCGUUCGUCCAUCCGUCUGUCCUUUUUCGUGCGUCCUCGCUGGAGAGACAAUCAUUUUCCCUCCCGAGACCACUCGCUGAAGGAAAGGCAAGCGCGCCUUUGUUUAUCGAUAAAUUUCGUCACGUCGCGUCGCGUCCAUCGUUCGAUCUCUCUCAUUCUCAUUCCGUCGCGCUCAGUCAUUCGCUCUCUCUUUCUGGCUCUAUCAAGCAACGGGCAGCGCACGUAGGACAAAUUACUCUGGCUCGUAACUCCUCGCGGAGUGGAGGGCCUUGAUCUCGUGCUUACCAAGCCCGCUCUGGAACUCGAUCACCUUCCCCUAAAUCCUUAAUUAGCUAUCUGUAAUGUGCAAAUACAGCAAGGAAACCGGGAAGACCACUACGUCGACAAUUAAUCUCGUACAUUCGAAAAGGAAAGGAAUUUUCAUACACAUAAAAGAGAUGCCCAGGGACCCGAUAAGUCCACGAAGUCAAAAAAGCUUUCUGACGUUUCGUUUGUACUGAACGACCGGAACGUGAGAAUCUGAGCAAACGUAUUUAGAUUCGCCUGAACAGCGAGCAACCAAGGGCUCUAAGGGCUCCACGAAAUGUCAUCAUUGUAAGGCAGGUAGCCUUACGAAAACUCGACUCAGUUUCCAGCUCUCCAAGGUGGGAGCCACACAAUUUCUUCGUGUACUCAGAGAGAUUGCUGUUAUCAACAAGAUGAAGCUGUUAGAGAAUUCACAUUUGGAAGCUAUAAACAGUGCCUUGUCCAUCAAGACUGGAGAUAGCAAGAUAAUUGGGAGAAUCGAGAGUUACUCUUGCAAAAUGACAGCCAAUGAUAAACAGAUGUAUAAACGAUACAAUGCAGAACAAGGGGGUACACCACACGAUCUGCAAGCUUUAUCACCACCGCAGACAUCCUUGGGAACAUCUCCGGCUCAGGGAUGUUUGAGCCGUAGUGUUUCUGGUGACGAAGAGGGUCCGCUAUGCGACACAAUCAGCAAGAAGACGUUGUUUUAUCUCAUCGCCACAUUGAAUUCAACCUUUAAUCCGGAUUAUGAUUUCUCAGAUGCUAAGAGCCACGAGUUCAGCAAAGAGCCAAGUCUGCAAUGGGUAACGAAUGCUGUGGAUGGUAAUCUCAAUGCUACUGCGGGUGAUCAUUAUCGCACAUUGCGUUCUGCUCUUUGGACGGCUGUUGAUAAAGAGAUAUCAUUGAACGAGUGUGAUAUUUACAGUUACAACCCGGAUUUCGCAUCGGAUCCUUUCGGGGAAGACGGAGGUCUGUGGUCUUUCAAUUACUUCUUCUACAACAAAAAACUGAAACGUAUCGUAUUUUUCACAUGCAGAGCGAUAAAUCCUCUUUAUGCACCAGAUUCUGGAGUUGGUAGUGAUUUUGCUAUGGACGAAGAUGAUGAAGAUGGAUAUUAGAUCAUUCACGUAUACACAUAUACGCGCGCGUAUGAACGCGCGUUACACAUAUACACACACAGCAUACACACAAAAAUAUAUAUACACAUACAUAUACACAUAAGUAAAUUCAUGUUUGCAAUUCUUAAUCUUCAAACUAUAAAUCUUCAUACUAUUCUGAUUUCUAUUACAAAUUAAUCAAAAUCGUUUUAGAUGCCGCUUUAGAAUUUCUAUGUUUGUUAUAGCAAAUUUAGUCAGCUGCACUACACUGAAUUAGUGCGCAUUAAAACCUGGUAAAUAAGAAAUAAAUGUAGCGACAUAAUAUGAUUUCAUUGAUGAAAUCAAUGCAUAUUCUGCUGAAUAAAUUCAUUGUUGAUCAUUUUGAUUCAUGAUGCAUAUAUGGAUUACAUGCAUUUGAAAUAUACUUUUAUAAUAAUUUAACACAUGAAAUAUAUUUUAUCAAUAAUUUCAUGUAUAGCAGUGUUUAAUGAGCAUUAAUUCGAGGUAAUGCGAAUCGGUCACUGUAUGUACUAAUACGUCACUUGCAGCAAAAAUUUUAAAUGAUAAUCUUACUUUCGUAGUUUAUUAUAAUAUUGACUUUCGCUAAUAUCCUUUAGCGAAAUAUUUUGCGAGAAAUAUAUUUCUUUUAAGAAGUGUAAAUCAUAUACAUGUAUCCCUUUAGCUAUAACAAUUCUCUGUCUCUUUGUGACAUGAUGCGAUUACGUUAUUAUUCUCGACAUAAUAUUAAAUAUAUAUUUUGAAGGCAAAUUGUACGUAAUAAAGUCCAAUACUGUUAUACG